GUUUCGCCGACGCCGAUAACACUUAGAUAUCCGACAUGUUUGCCCAUAUACUGGACUUCCUGAACCGAUCUCCGCCGGAUCCUGUGCGCCUGCCCUUGACCAGCAGCCACUGGCCCGUGUUGACCAUACUUGGAGUCUACCUAGUCCUCAUCAAAAUAGUGGGUCCCUUGUUUAUGCAGAGCCGAAAGCCGUACAAUCUGGAUAGAGCUAUCAAGAUCUACAACAUCGUGCAAAUAGCAUACAAUGCCAUUUUGCUCAUCUGUGCUGUGUACUUCAUGCUUGGCCCCGGAAACUAUAGUUUCAGUUGCAUGUCCAAUCUGCCGCUGGAUCAUGAGUACAAGAACUGGGAGCGCUGGCUCAGCUACACAUACUUCUUCAACAAGUUGAUGGACCUGCUGGAGACUGUAUUCUUUAUACUGAGAAAGAAGUAUCGUCAGAUAUCCUUCCUGCACGUUUUCCACCAUGUGUACAUGGUGUACAUAGGCUUUUUGUACAUGUACUACUAUGGAUACGGCGGCCAUGGCUUCUUCUUGGUCACUUUCAACGUGGUUGUGCACACCAUGAUGUACACCUACUACUAUCAGUCUUCCCUCAAUCGGAACUCGGGUGGUGAUCUCUGGUGGAAGAAGUACAUCACAGUCGUGCAGCUCGUCCAGUUCGUUAUUGUGUUCUCACACUGCGUCUAUAUCCUCCGCCAAGAUGACUGCCAAACAGCUCGAUUGUCGGCCACUUGGGGCUCCCUCAUCUCUGUAGUAUUUAUAAUUCUUUUCAGCAACUUCUACGUUCGCACCUACAUUCUUCCCAAGAAAACGAAGCCGCUGCUACGAUGAGCAAAUCUAUGUCGGAUAUUAUGUAAAUGUUCCUUAAAUGAAUAAAUGUUACCUUUUUAAGGCUGCUUGUAACAAA